AUGAGUUUGAGCCAACAAAGAGCAGUCUUCACCAAAGCGUUUGCGGUACGCCACUUUUAUGUUUGCGCGCGCAUUACAAUCAUCAGCCACCUUGUUUCGGACAGUUCAAAUAGGAAUGAAUACCAGUAAGACUGGAACUGAGCGUGUGUAAGGGAUUUCACGGUAAAAUGAGAUAGACUAAGAAAGCUAAGGAGUAAGGCACAAAGUGCAAAAACUGAAUUAGCAGCCAAGUGACUGCGAGCUGUCAAAGAGUGUCUUGGCGGCUCCAGAUAGAGCAAGCACAAACUAAUUGAAUUUUCUUUGCAUACAUGGGAAGAACACACGCGUCUAUGGUUUGUCGCCGUGGAUGACAAGGAUGAGAAAGCCAACAUUGACAUCGUUUUCGCCGCCGGCGAUCAUGACGAUGGCGAGCCGUUCGACGGAAAGGGUUUGCUCAGAAUCGAGUUAACGAUUGACAUCACGCAAAAAGUGUUAAACCUUUGCAGGAAAUAUUCUGGCUCACGCGUUUUUUCCGAGGUACGGAGGAGAUGUCCACUUUGACGAAGAGGAGAACUGGAGUCCGAACAAAACAAGUAACUGACGUCAACCGACUAUGUACACGUGAACACUUCAGAUGGUGUUGACUUGUACGCCGUGGCUGUGCAUGAAAUCGGUCAUUCGCUCGGGCUGAAGCACUCUUCGAACCACUUGUCCAUAAUGGCUCCGUUUUACAAACAGUAUACUGGAAGUGUUAUGCAUCUUCACCGGGGUGAGCUUUUUGUGGACCCCGACGUUUCGUGUUAGCGAGAAGUGGCACUGUUAAACUUCACGUGGGAAUUGAGACGUCAAGGUUCCGCUUUUUUCUGAAGAAAAAAACUUAUUUGUAGACGAUAUCCUAGCUGUGAAACGCUUGUAUGGUUCAUCAUUGAAAGUGAGAAAGAAACCAACCGAGCAUCAAAUUUGGAGGUCUGAACUCUGCACAAAACCGUAUUUGGACGCGGUCACCAAACUGAAAAACGGAACAAUUCUUGCCUUUCGAGGUUGUUUAUCAUCCCCCACUACAGUCCGUUUCAUAAGUAUAGGGCAACCCCAAAAAUUGAAUCUUUCCGCUUGCAGAUGCAACAUUUUCAGAUAUUUCAGCCUCAUUCCCCAACUAUCCUAUGCACUGCUCUCAAACUUGUUUUCCGGGGGUUAUUUGUGAUGCUGAUUUCGAUUUUCAAAGUCCUGCCUUUGUAUUUUGUUCGGGAAAGACGAUAUAUUCAAUUUUAGGGGGUGGCCCUAUACUUAUGAAACUAACUGUAGUCGUAUCAAUACUCUUCUGAAGGUGACACUUUCUUCGAACUGAAAACAAAUCGAAAACGGCUGAUUCCGAUGAAAAUCAACAGAGUGUUUCCAUUUGAUGGCCCAAUUGAAGCUGCAACCACGGACCGCCAUGGAAAUGUGUACUUAUUCAAGGCUUGA